AUGGGAAGUUCAUGUUUACCUCCAGGAUUUAGAUUUCAUCCAACUGAUGAAGAGCUCAUAGGCUAUUAUUUAAAUAGAAAAGUAAAAGGUCUCGAGAUCGAACUCGAAGUUAUUCCUGUUAUCGAUUUAUACAAAUUCGAUCCUUGGGAGUUACCAGAUAAAUCUUUUCUUCAGAACAGAGAUAUGGAAUGGUUCUUUUUCUGUUCAAGGGACAAAAAGUAUGCAAACGGUUCUCGAACCAAUAGAGCUACAAAUGCCGGUUAUUGGAAAGCAACCGGAAAAGAUCGGAAAAUUACUUGUAAAUCAUCACGGGGAUUAAUCGGAUACCGAAAAGCCCUAGUUUUCUAUGAAGGCCGUGCUCCAUUAGGCAAUAGAACUAAUUGGUUUAUGCAUGAAUAUCGUCUAUGCGACGAUGAUCUUUCGCAAAAAUCACCAAACUUCAAGGGAGCUUUCGUGUUAUGUCGUGUAGUUAAGAAAAAUGAACUCAAGACCAAUUCGAAAACGUUAAAAAACAAAAGCGAACAAGCAAUUGGUUCAGGUUACUCUAGCCUCGCAAACUCCCCUUGUCGCGAUGAAACGACGCAGUUUCAUUCGUUCAACCCUUCUUCUACCACAAGUGACUCUUCUAGCAUUUGGAUUUCUCCUGAUUUCAUCCUUGAUUCGUCAAAGGAUUAUCCUCAAAUUCAGGAAGUUGCUUCUGAGUACUUUCCCAACUAUCAUUUUCCAGUCACAUCUCAGGAAUUUCCGGCUAGUUCUUCUUAUUUGAACGUUGAUCAGGACAUUGAUCAAUCAGUUCAUCAAACCGGUUAUUGGACAAAUUAUGAAUACCACCAAACUGGUUCAUUCGAUUACUCAAACCUUUUCUAG